AUGCAGCUAUUUUUGAAUGGCGUGGAGUGGAAAAUCAACGAGCAUUUCAACCCAAGACAGGGUUAUAUAAUCCCAAACGAGUCCUUGAGAGAGCACUUGGUUGCGAACAAGAUGUUGCUACGGUGUCAAUACGAGGAAGAAAAAGUCGAGUUUUUGGUGAACAUUCUCCAGCAGCUUCCACGUUCUCGUGAACUCAUGCCGUUACUACGCAAAGAACUGGAAAACGGUACAAGCUCUUACUCGAACGGAACAACUGAUUACAUUCACAUUGCGGCACAUGCUCGCGAAAUACAUGUGAAAGAAGGAAACCCCAUUGAAUUGAAUUAUGCAGUGAUCCACCACAAUAGAGCUUUGUUCGACUGCAGCUCGACAUGGCGUUUGAAACUUGAAGGCGACAAUUCUAAUUUCGUCGCUCCCAUCGAAAACGCUAAAUCUAUUUGUUUUAUGGAUUCGAGCAUAGGGAUGGAACGGAUGCUAAGAGAAAUCCAGAUUCCAAACGCCCAGUUGAACAACUCUGGAACCUAUACACUAACGAUGGACAAUGGGGCAUUUCAAGCAUCAACUAGCUGGCAUGUUUUGGUGGAUGAACCGAAGAAACGGGUCAACUUGACGGUCCUUACUCCACACAAUUUCGUCUUCGACGAUCAGAAACACUAUAAAGGGCUUAAUAAAGAGGUGAAAAUGGUAUGGAAUGUCACUGUUGACAAAGAUUUCCUCGUGAUUUGUAAAGCCGAUGAUUUCCAGAACAACAUACGGGUUGCAGAGAGCGAUUCGUUGAAGAUCAUAGUAGCUGAACAAACAGUGUAUUUAAAGACGGAAAUCACCAAAAGUCCCAAGGCAACCAAAGAAGAAGCGGGCACAAUCUACCCUGGGGAUCAGAUAAAGCUUUUCUGCAGUGCUGCCAAUGACGAACACGUUACGGAAAUGCGAUGGAUUUAUGGAAAUAAUACGCUUUUGACCCAAAGAAAACCGUCACCACCAUUCACUUGGUCACAAGAGAUCAUGAACAUCACCGCUAAUCAAUCAGGCUUAUACACAUGCGAAGUGAGAUUUCGAGCCUCUCAGGUGCUCAAUGAAUCAAUUGAAAUAAAGGUUUCUGAAAUGUCGGCUCCGGUGGUUCUAGAUAGUAAAAAUGCGAAGAUUCAAGCUAAACUCGGGGAUUCGAAAAUUCUUGAAUGCAAAAUUGGAGGCGUUCCCAGGCCGACCAUUUCAUGGUGGAAAGACGACUCUUUGCUGACGGAUAAGCUUCUCAUGAAUGGCUCCCUAAUGAUCGAGAAAAUCACCAGGUUUCUUGAAAUGACAACUCCAGCACCUCUCGAUAAUCAAAACAAAGAGAUUCAAGCAAAUCUCGAAGAUUUCAAACCAUAUUCGAAUCAAUUACGGGUUAUUUGUUCUACAGCCGAUUUGCUUUCGUUUGGUGUGCAAAUUGCAUCAGGAAUGGAGUAUUUGAGCAGCAUUCCGUGUAUUCACCGAGACCUAGCCGCUCGGAACAUUCUCCUCACGAAAAGCAAUAUUUGUCGAAUCGCUGAUUUUGGGAUGGCCAAAAGCGAGAACAAAAAUUAUUAUAGAAGAAAAAGACAUGACAUCCCGGUGCCAGUGAAAUGGAUGAGCCCGGAAGCUUUUGAGAAGGGUUAUUACACAGAAGCGUCAGACGUUUGGUCAUAUGGAAUCUUGCUGUACGAGAUUUUCACGCUUGGGGCAAAUCCAUACUCAAAGCUUGACUCAUUUGCAGCCGUGACACAAAAAGUGCUCGACGGGGAACGACUUCCACAACCGCCGUUUGCUCCCGAUGAAUUAUACACGUUUAUGCGGAAGUGUUGGGAGCUUGAUCCAAAAGAUCGGCCUCUUUUUGCGGAUUGCGCCGAACAGCUGAAAUAUCACUUACACCGAGCUUCUCCGAGUCACGUGGAAGAAUUGGAAAAUAAGCUCGUUCAGGAAAGUGCCUUGCUUAACUCGUACGACGGGUGGAGAUUAGAUGUGCUAGCGGAGAGUCAGCGCUACCUACCCUGUAUGUUACCCACGAUGACCAAAACUGGAAAUAAA